CGCCCUGCUGCACUGAGCGCCCUGUCGUUAGUCCUGGCCCCCCUCCUCUCCGUGGGAUCGCUUUGCGUCCUUAAACUUGUUGAGAAAAUUUUUUCCUUUGACACUUGGAAUUGUUUCAAUGACUUUUAUGGAUCACAGCAAUCCCAGGUGGGAAAACAAGACAGACAUGCUGAGAAAGAUAGAAUGGACGAUUCUGCUGGACAGUCACACACAGGGAAUGUGUUCUGUGCACAGCCCAUUCCGAGGGAGGCGAAACGAGGCGGGCGACAGCGGCGGCACCGCCGGCAUCAGGGCAAGAGGCGGGACCGGGGCACCGGGAGGAGCCGCCGCCGGGGCGCGGUGCAGGUUCCCGGGGCACCCGCCGAGGACGCGAGGCACCUGGGCGGGAAGCAGGGGCCAGGCAGCCCUCUCCCGGCACACAGGUCUGUAAUUAGUCUUCCCAUGAACGUAUUAAUGCACCACUUGAGACAAAAAUAAGGAAGAGCUCAUCCCCCAAACCAAGGACUUGUCAUGUCAUAUUACAAUGAAGCCUUUGAAAAUCCAGACUACCAUUUCUCAGAGACACUGGAAGUUGAUAGAAGGAGGAGUUCUCAAAAGAAUCCAUUCUCUCACCAGACCCCUUACAGUUCUUCAUUGCACGGUUCCCAUGGAGAGCACAGUGGAAGAGGACAGAAUUAUCCUCAGGCCAUACCAAUGGCCUCCGUGAGAUAUAGCUCUGAAUACAGUGAAGGCUUACCAAGAGCUAAUGUCCUAAGUAGAAGUCCAUAUGGAAAUUCUAUGGAUAAUCUUUCAUUUGAGCCUGAGACAGAAAUGGCAUAUAGCCCACCUUCUACCUUCCAUCACCCCUACACCCACAGAAUUUCCAGUAUAUCAGAAGGGAACUUCAUUCAGAGACACAACAGAAGACUGCCUGAUGACAUCUCCGUGACUUCUUCCAGCCUGUUUAAUACAGCUCCAGAGUACAGUGAAGAGGAAAAGUUAAUUGGAAAUCUUGCAAGUAUGUCAAGCGCUGAAAGGAUUAAAGCAAUCCAGAAGAUGCCGGAGACCAUGAAAAAAAAGAGAGAGAUCAGGAAUAAAGUUCUUAAAGAGAUAACAAAAUCAAAGCACGGCAGUACACGACUUUCCUGCUGUACACAGUGUCUGCAGGGACCAGCAGUGUCACUUCGACGAUUUGGAAACACCUUGUCAGAAUAUUUUCACCUGCUGCAGUUAUGGAACAAGACUCUGAAGAUCAUUGGUGCUGAGUUUGGAACAAGUGUUCUUUCUUAUUUUAUUUUCUUGAAGUGGCUGCUAACUUUCAACAUCUUCUCAUUCCUCAUAAAUUUCAGUUUCAUCACAAUCCCUCAGUUUGUUGCAGCAGAACCAAAUAACCUUUCAUUCACGGGUCUGGAGCUGUUCACUGGAGAUGGCUACUUUCAUCAAACAGUGCUCUACUAUGGCUUUUACACCAAUGCUACAAUCAGGAAAAUAAAGAAUGGUCCAUCUUACAACAUGCAGCUGGCCUAUAUUUUCACAGUUGGAAUAUAUUUUCUCAUCUGUUUUCUUAUCCUUUUGUUCAGCAUGGCAAAAUCCUUCUGCAGGAACUUCAUUAGCAUUCAGAUGUACACUGGAAAUGCUAGCAAACUUCUCUGCACUUGGGACUUUAAUAUAACUAAUGAAAAAGCUGUGAAGCUGAAGCAAAAGAACCUCAGCACACAAAUCAAGGAAGGCUUCACUGAAGUAAACAAAGAAGUUCUAAAUCUUUCUGCAAGAGAGCGAGUUAUACGUAUUGUUGUUCAUCUUGCUUCUUGGUUUGCUUUCCUGGGAACAGCAGUAGCUGCUUGUUCUGGUGUUCACUUCCUCGCCAUUAAUAACCUAGAGCUAUUUGUGAAAGGACAAAAGAAUGACCAAGAGAGCCAAGCUGCCAUGUUGGUGCUGCCUAUCGUCACGUCUCUUCUCAACACAUUUGUCCCAUUCUUCUACUCAUGGCUUGGACAUCUAGAGAGAUUUCACACCCCUGGAUGCCAGAUAUAUGUUACUAUUGCCAGAAAUGUCAUCCUGAAAAUGUCAAUUAUUGGAGUACUCUGCCAUUACUGGCUUAAUGUUGUGGCUGUUUCUGAGUCACAGUGCUGGGAAACUCUGAUUGGCCAAGAUAUCUAUCGGCUUGUUCUAGUUGACUUCAUCUUUUGUUUGUUUGGCUCUUUCUUUGGAGAGUUUUUACGAAGAAUUAUUGGAACUACAGUCUGUGUGAGUCUGGGGCUGCCAGAAUUUGACAUUGGACGGAAUGUUUUAGAUUUGAUCUAUGCACAAACUUUAACUUGGAUCGGUAUCCUCUUUUCACCUCUGCUGCCUGCUAUCCAGAUGAUUUCAUUUUCUAUAGUGUUUUAUGUGAAAAAGGUCAGUCUACUGAAGAAUUGCCAACCCCCUCGCAAAGUCUGGAGAACUGCUCAAAUGACAACAUCCUUCAUGUUCCUGCUGUUCUUCCCUUCCUUCGUUGGAGUUCUGUCUGUCAUUGGAGUCACUGUCUGGAGGUUGAAACCUUCAGAAGCAUGUGGUCCUUUCAGAGGUUUGCCUUCUAUGUAUGCUGCAGUUUCUGAGUGGAUAAAAAUCCUGGAAAAUUACACUGCCUCAAAAUGGGUAGUGUGGAUAUACUACAACUUAAUCAGUAGUGAACUUUUCUUCUUUGUCCUCACUGCUAUUGUCCUAAUUAUUACUUAUAUUUACUGGCAAAUAAUAGAAGGAAGAAAGAUCAUGACCCAACGCUUACGUAAGCAAAUUAUUAAUGAAGGAAAAGAUAAGAAGUUUUUACUUGAAAAACUACAAGUGCUGCAAAGGACAAAACAAAACCCGUCUGUGCCAAGAGGACAAGACCAGCAGAGAAGCUCUUCUUCACAGCACCCAUCCAGGCACCCUGCCCAGCAAGUGCCAGACUACCCAGGAAGGGUGUUUGACAGCAAUCAAAAUGCACCCUAUGAUGAGUAUCCCUAUUCUGCCUGGAUGUCAAGGGGGACCGACCUCUCCACAGCAGCAGGGGAGCCCCUGCAGCCCAGCGGCCGUGCUGGUGUGUCACAAGCGCUGGCGCUCGCUCUGCGUGCCAGGGAAGCCGCUUGCCGCGAAGGAGAAGACGGCGACUUUCAACCGUGAGCGGUUGGAAUCGACUUUUAAGGUAAACUCACUGACUGAUGUUCUGCAGGAGGCAAUACUCAUUUGCACUAGUGGCUGAAAGAACCAUUCAGACUCUUUUUUUUACCCUUCAAUGGAAGAAAAAAUAGGUUGCAAAACGUGUCCUGACUGCAGCUUAUUACUACGGUAGGAAACAUCCUGUGCUUGGUUUGGAGGUGAUAUUCUGGUCCUGGGACUGGCCUUUGCCUUGCUACAGUAAGGAUCCCUCCACAGCUGGUCACUUGCUCUUGACUAAAUACAAGGAAACUUGUGCCCAAUUGUAUAUAAAAGCUUUGGUUUAAGAAUCAUUUCUUUAUCAGUUACACUGUUCCAACUGCUUUGAUCUGAUCCAAACCCACCAAAAGGGAAGUACUGUUCAAAUAAAGAUAGAAGGAAAUUAAAGUGCAGUUCCUUUAAUGACCGAGACAUUGUAAUGGCUGCAAAGUAACUUGUGUGAACCAGGUUAAGUUUCCAUCAUAUUUACAUUUUGAGCCAUUCUUACAGUUUAUUACAGUCACCCAAAAGCAGCUUUGAUGUUACAAGUUAUCAGAAUGCUUUUUUAAGAGUACUCAUAAAAAUUCUCAUCUGUGUAAAACCACUGCUUGUAAACAAAGAGUUGAUACAUAUCUUUUCCAGUAAAGGAUAAAGUGCAAAUAACACAAUUGAGAUUUUAUCAUAGACAGCUUUGAGACACUUGAUGCAGCUUCUUUUUAUUCAAAGUCAUAAUUUUGCCAUGCCCAUUCAUAAUUUUUUUUAGCCCAUUUUCUACUAGUGCCUGGUUUAUUCUUCAUUUGUUGCAUUGGACAUAGGAGUGCCUUAGGAAAGAAGCACAUUGUGUCCUCAUGCUCAUAAUUUAGGAUAAGACAACCCAAAACCAGACACCAAAGGUACAGAAAAAAGUACAAACUUUACAAACAGCCUGAGACCAGAGAAUCAAUUUGAUAUUUUUUCUGCAUGUAUAGCUGUGGAUCCUGGCACAUGAGCCUGGUGUUUGCAACCAGGGCCAUGACUCCACAGUCCCAGCAGGAGCAUGAAAAGGACCUUUGGAGCAGGACUCGGGCUGGGAGGGUCAUUUGCUUUUCUGAGGGGUGUAGGGGCAGUGCCUGUGGGAUGCAGCAGCACAGGCACAGGCUGCAGCACUCAAGAAAGAGCUGGACAGCAACUGGCUGAGGGCUUAACAUACAUGUGCUAUAGGCUGUACACCAGAAGACUGAGAUGUAGCAUGAGGUAGAUGAAGAGGCUCUCAUGACCCUGAUAGGAAAACCCACCUCCUUACUACUGUUUCUUUGGGCCUAUCACAGAAUGGUAGGGUUGGAAGGGACCUUUAGAGAUCAUCUAGUCCAACCCCCCUGCAGAAGCAGGUUCACCUAGAUCAGGUCACAUAGAACAUGUCCAGGCAGGCCUUGAAGACCUCCAAGGAAGGAGACGCCACAUUCACAGUGAAAUAGUUUUUCCUUAUGUUUAAAUAGGUCAUGCUUCUGCUCAAACACACACUGCUGCACCUGCAGGCUAAGAGGGCUUGUGAGACAAACCUGCAGCAUGUAACCAGUCAGUUAUGUGUUCAAAUUCCUCAUUUCUAUUGAGAGUGCUAUCACUUUCUUCCAAGAUGAUUAAACUUGGUAAUUCCAUGUAUAUUUGCCAGUGAGAAAAGGUGCUCUAACUUAUAUCAGGGCUGGCUCCACAGGAAUUUUCUGCUCCUGCAGAAGAAGGUACUUGUCUUGAAGUACCUGCUCCCUCCAGAGUGGAGCCAGAAGACCUGAGAAUUCCCAAGGGUUUUACUUGUUAGAACAUGCAUCAAUCUACUGGUGCACAGCUGAUAAAGAAUUCCAAAGCUGUGAGCUAUUAGACAAUUAAGUGCAGACCCUCUUGCUGUCAAGUUAAAUCUGGAUUGCUGUUUCCCCCCAUCCUUGUGAGUGUCCUUCAAUCAUGCAAAAAAUAAGCAAAGACUCAAAAUGUCUCUUAUUUGUUCUACUACCAGCACUUGAUAAAUAGCUUUCUUUUAGAAAUAUUUUGUGCGCUCUAUCAUUAGAAGACGUGAUUUUCUAUCCUCCCUUGGUUCUCAAGGUCCCUUCCAACCCUUAAGAUUCUGUUGUUUUGAAAAGUCUGGAGGACCAGAAGAUACUCAAGUUUUAAUCAGUAACUCUCCCAGUCUUCCCACUGACCAGGGAAAGUUGGCUAUCUUGUCACGAUGAAGCACAGCCCUCUCUCCAUGCAGUGGGAGGGAAAUAAAUUCACCAUUAUUUUGGCACUGUUAUUUUAUGAGAACAGCAACAUAGAAGUUUUUUAAUCAAC